UGAAACAGCCAUUAAUCCCUUGCUAUGAGUGGGGGGCUCCAGUGCUGCUGCUGCUGCUGGUCCUCAUUAAACUUUGUGUGUGUGUGUGUGUGUGUGUGUGUGUGUGUGUGUGUGUGUGUGUGUGUGUGUGUGUGUGUGUGUGUGUGUGUGUGUGUGUGUGUAUGUACUGUGUUGUGUUAUAGUCAGGGCUGGGGGUACUGUAGUACGCAGAGCUGGUGGUGCUGCCUGCUGGAUCCUACAUGUCAUUCUGCUCGGAGUGACUUCAUGUGAUGUCAGCUAAGUGUAAGAGACACUGAUCUCAGUGCUGCUGCUGCUGAGGACACUCUCAUGCACAAUGUGACAGGGUCUCCUCUGCGCACUGCUGGAUGAGAGAGGAACCGGAUCACUUCCACUUGGCUGCUGCUGCUCUCAGUAACUUCUCCCAAGGAUGGCAAGCUCGGCUCCCUGCCCCUCAGCCAUCCCCACCUGCCAGCGACUGGAGGGGAGAACUGGGGCAUCCAGCACCCCCAAAUCACUGGCUUUCUCCAUUGAAAGAAUUAUGGCAAAGUCUUCAGACCCCAAGCCUACAUUUUUCGACCACAGCCAGGGACUGGAGAGUGAUGCCAAGAAGAUCCUAAACCUCUGCUCCCCAAUUCCAUGCAUGAUCCCAGUGCAGUCUUUGGGCUAUGAAGUCCACUCCAAGACCCUCCUGAGUUAUUCGGAGCUAUGGAAGAGCAGCCUGCGGGGUCCCAUGUGCACCUCCGGCGGUCUGUGCAAGUGCAGCUGUGGCAUGUGCUGCAAAAGUGACUUAAACAUGGGGCACUCGGUGGUGCCAAGCGGCAGGGUGAUAAAACCUCAGGUCAUCAACCAAACAGUAGGGAUGCCAGGGACUAAUGGACCCCUCUAUUACUUCAACUACCUGGACUCAGCCUACAGCCCCUCAGACAUCCUGAAUGGACAGCUCAUCCCAUCCAGCGUCCUAAACGCGCAGUCCCCGGCUACACUGAGUGCCCACCACAAACUCUAUUUGCUGGAGAAUGCCAAACUUUCCGGCCUGUCCCCAGACAAGUUCCCCAUCCCUCAGUAUCCACACAAGGAGCGGCUGCCUGGCCAACUGGACCAGGUCAUGAAGGAGAACACAGCCUUGGCCGUGGAGAGAAUUCCUAAGGGCCACAGCAAGCUUGGUGCCAACCCAAUGGAUGGCAAACCUAAAAUCUUCACCUGUGAGGUCUGCGGCAAGGUUUUCAAUGCACAUUAUAACCUGACUAGGCAUAUGCCAGUUCACACGGGUGCCAGGCCGUUCGUCUGCAAAGUAUGUGGCAAGGGUUUUAGGCAAGCGAGUACCCUGUGCAGGCACAAAAUAAUCCACACGCAGGAGAAACCGCACAAAUGCAAUCAGUGCGGAAAGGCUUUCAACAGAAGCUCCACCUUAAACACCCAUAUAAGAAUCCAUGCUGGAUAUAAACCGUUCGUAUGCGAAUUUUGUGGCAAGGGAUUUCACCAAAAAGGGAAUUAUAAAAACCAUAAACUAACCCACAGUGGGGAGAAGCAGUAUAAAUGCACCAUCUGCAACAAGGCUUUCCACCAGAUCUACAACCUCACCUUCCACAUGCACACCCACAACGACAAGAAGCCUUUCACGUGUGGGACCUGUGGAAAAGGCUUUUGUAGGAACUUUGACUUGAAGAAACACGUGAGGAAAUUACACGACAACAUUUCCUCAACUUGCUCUAUAAAAGAGAUCUCCAGGACCGCACAGAGCUGAGUAUACCAGCAUAACAGACUGCAAUUCUCUGCAGAUUGGUAACACUGUGACAGAGUAUUUAAUCGCUGGGAUCCCUCAAACAAAACAUGAUUUUGGCACCUCAACCCUUAGAGACAACAUCCUCUAAGUAUGUGAUAAUUCAUAGUUAUCAUUCUUAUGGUUCUUCAAAUCUGCUUCAGGUUUGUAAAGUGCAAAACAGAACAAACAAAAAAACUUUACAUUAAAAGAAAUGUUUAACUCUUUUUUUAAUAUGAUGGUUUAACAUAUAUUUUAAAAAUGUAAGAAAGAUGUCAGAAGACAGGCUUUAUACAUGUGUGUAAAUUAAAUAAUCUAAUGUACAGAGGAAUAAUGAAUGGAUUAUAUCACAAUAAUAAUAAAAAAAAUCCGUAACUAAUCCUACUAUUAACUAGGUAUAUUAUUAUAAGCAAUUUAAAGAGCACAGAUGGGCAUUUUUUGUAUUUA